GUGUUAGUUUUUAGUUUUCACAACCAAAUUUAUCAUUAUUCUUAUAAUAAAAAAUAUAAUUGUUUUUUCUUAAACCCAUUGCUCUCCAAUCUUCAGAUGUCUUGGAACUAUAGUGUAGAUCGUUUUGCAUCGUAUGAUACUAUUUAUCCUGCAGAUUCUGUGGAAUGGUGUCCAAUACCAAAAUACAACAAUGUACUUGUAUGUGGAACUUAUAAACUUGACGAAGCAAACAAAUCAAAAACUGGCACUAUCAAUUUGUUCUCUUUAGACAAUCAAAACCAGAUUAAAUUGAUUCAGAGUGUUCCCGAAGAUGCUGUGCUAGAUUUAAAGUGGAAUCCUUUUAUUGUUUCUGGACAAGUAUUACUAGCAGCUGCAUUGUCUGGCAAUCAUGUUAGUGUAUAUCGCCUGGAUGAGAAAGGAACUAAUUUAUCUCUAUGUUUAUUCACUAGUUUUGAUCUUCCAAAAACUGAUGGAAAAUCACAUAUGAGUUUAUCAAUUGCUUGGUCAUCCCUUUAUGAGAAUGGAUCACAAAAUAUCGCAUUUAGUGACUCUAAUGGUUAUAUCACUUUAGUGAAUUUAAAUGAUCAACUCAUACGUAGUUUCAAAGCUCAUAAUUUUGAAUCGUGGAUUGUUACUUAUAAUUAUUGGGAACCCAACAUAUUAUACACAGGUGGUGAUGAUUGUAAAUUUAAAUGUUAUGAUCAACGAUUACAAUUUGACAAACCUAUAUUUGAAAAUAAGGAACAUGAACAAGGAGUAACCACUUGCUCAUCUAAUAAAAUACGAGAAAAUAUAAUUGUUACUGGAAGUUAUGAUGAAAAUAUAAGACUGUGGGAUAUACGUAAUAUGAAGCAUAGUUACAAUAAUGUCAAAGUUGACGGCGGAGUUUGGAGAUUGAAAUGGGAACCUAAUAAAGAAGAAUAUCUUUUAAGUGCUUCAAUGUUUAAUGGUGCUCAUAUUAUAGAUACAUCAUUUAAUGCAGCUGAUAUUUGUCAAUCUUUUGGAGAGAAAAGCAAUAGGCUUUACUAUGGAGCUGAUUGGUGUCACCAAAACGAUAUACUAUUUGAACAUGACACAAAAUCAAAAAAUCAAAAAAUAAUUUCUACAUGUUCAUUUUAUGAUCAUAGGUUAGAUUUAUUUUUUGUCAAUUUGAAAUUAUAAAAAUAUAAAUUGUACAUAAAGUGAUUGAUAAA